CAUCUUUCUGUGCAACUUUAAAACAAACUGUAGCGCUGGUGAAGCUGAAGUCAGUCAGGACGUUUACCAGAAAAUGAGCUUUUAUUUAACUGGUUACUCUCCCAAAAAAAAAACACACCUGUACUUGGGAUUAUUUAAAUUAUCAAACAUCAUUUAUUUGUUAUUUUGUUCUUUCAAACUCAGAAAAUGUCAUCGGUUGUGUUUUUAAAUGAUCUCCAAAGCUGUAACAUACUGAGAGCUGAAACUGAGGGAAUAUAAAUGAGAAAAACCUGCUUCUUUGGGACAUUUUGUCUGAAUAAAAUGGUAAAGCUGGCAGUUAAAGCGGAAAAUAAAAUCAAAGGAUCAUACGUGAAAGAUUAGAAGAAGCUGCAGGUUUUAAUAUCAUUUAGUUAAAAUAAAGCCUUCUGCAUUAACCUAUUAUCAAUGUUUUGGGGUGCAUAAAAACUGCAGUAAAUUUGGUCUUUUUUGAAUGGAAAAAGUCCAGAUUUCAUCCUAAACACUGGAAUUUCAUUCUUGAUGCAAGGCAAAAGUCCACCUCCAGCAGAUUUACAAACCAGAGCGUAGACCGUCAGCCGAUCACGCUGCGUCAAACGUUCCUAAUGGAAGGAAAAACUCUUAAUUUGACCUCAAAAAUCCUAUUCAAAAAGUAUUUUCCCAACACAAGUUAACAGAGAAACUGUCCCUUCUAAUUUUUCAUUACGUCACACAUCGAAAGACAAACGUAAUUAUGAAAAUAUUACAUUUUUAUCUCAAAGUUAGGAAUAAUCAGGAAAAAGGUUUUCUGACUGAAUUGAUUUUUGUUUCAUUUGUUGUAGCUGAAGCUAACAUGACAUUGCUCACCCACAGGUCCUGGGUACUUUGAGAAGUGGCCUUCUUUCUGCAAACAUCAGUCUUUGUAUCUGGAGUUUUGUCUGCGAUGAAACCUCUUCGGAAUCUACAGCUCAGGGGUGUUUUAGGGUUCAAACAGGGUCAUGCUGAUAAAGCUUUGGGGGAGACACAGUGAUGCUCUGCCACCCGCUUUGACUUUGACGUGGUCAUUUUCAGGGUCGUUUUCCAGAAUUUAAGGAGGAAAAAACCUGCAGAGUAAGAAGUUCUGCUCUUGGGGGAAAAUAACCAUGUGAAAGUAAAAAUGUCACUAUUAUGAGACAUUAUGAGCUUAUUAAGGCAUUUUCUUUAUUAUAAACCACAGAAUUACAUAAACUAAACAACAGAAAUUGAACCCAUCAAUGUGAAUGUCUGUUCUUUUUAAGUGUUCUGAAUUUAAUGUGAAGUAAAAUCUGGGGUUUUGUUGUAAUGUCCUGCUGAUGUUGCUACGGGAACACAUGACAAUCCUACUUUAUUGGUUGCAGUUUUUAAAAAUCCUAUUGAAAACCAUAUUUCAUCUUCUUGUUUUGAAAUACCGACUUCAUAAACGCAGAAUAUUUUUUGUUCGAGGUGACAUUUCUUCGGCUUGAUAAAUAGAUAAUUAUCUGUCUUUCAUGGAUGAAGAGAGAAGUGAUGGGCUGACCUGUUUGCCUCUCAUUUUUUGAUUUUCUCCUUUGUUUUCUGUCGUUUCUCAGCGCAGACUUUUUAUUCUUCCUCUCUUUCUGCUCUGUGUUCCCACCCCUCCUCUUGCUCUCUAACCUUCCCUCAUUGUCAGUUUCUUUUUUCAUCUUAUUUCUUCUCCUGGUCCCUUCCCCCAGUUUUCCCAUCUCUCUGUGCCGUCAGGAGCGGCACAAAGCCCCGCCGCCGCCGCCCUGGCAACCACCACACCGCCGUGUCUAUCCCGGCAACAGGCCGUCGUCAGGACCGCCGACCUCUGACCCCAUCACAGCUGCUCAGCCAUCACGCGUCCCACAAUCCUCUGCCCUCUACUUGUUCUCGUGACCGGGGGGGUCAGGCAGUGAAGUCGGGGGUGAGUAAAACUGGAUCACUUUCACUUUGUCCUGAAAAAAGAGCAGAGGGAGGAAAUAUGGAAAUGAAAAAGAUAAGGACAGAAGAGAGGAGUGAAGGAUAUCAGAAGACGGAAGAAAAGAGGAGCAACUGGGACAAAGGAAGAGAGCUGGAAUGAAGGAGGAAGACAGCAUUUAUUCUUGUUAUGGAUAAUAAAAAGUAGGAAACAAGCAAAAGAAAAGAGAAGAAAAAAAACUGGAGACGUGGGAUAAAAGAGGAAAAGUUAUUCCAGAUCUUGAACCACUUUGUAAAUGUUUCACAAAGUGGAACAACACAACUAAAAGGUUUGAUGAUCUGAGUCCUGAUUGGCUGGAUAACUCCUGGCGUUCAGCAGACCACACAGCCACCGAUGAAGAGUCGGACGGUUGCAGGUGCUGUCCUCAGUGAAACCUGAGCUGAUCUUUAUUAAUAAAUGAUGCAUCUGAAACAGACUGCUCCUCGCUCGGCUCAGAAGGCAGGUAACUCCAAAGUACACAAAGACGUUCCUUUGGCCAGAGGACAGGAUCACCGAGUCAGACACCAUCUGACCGUCUGUACUUUUGGGAUUUGACUGUUCAGACGUCACGGAUCAUGAAUCCUGAAUAUGAUUACCUGUUCAAGCUUCUUCUGAUUGGAGACUCUGGGGUCGGGAAGUCGUGUCUUCUGCUGCGCUUUGCGGACGACACAUACACCGAGAGCUACAUCUCCACCAUUGGGGUGGACUUUAAGAUCAGGACCAUCGAUAUGGAUGGGAAGACCGUGAAGCUGCAGAUUUGGGACACAGCAGGUCAGGAGAGGUUUCGCACCAUCACCUCCAGCUACUACAGAGGAGCUCACGGUAUCAUCAUUGUGUAUGACGUCACAGAGCAGGAGUCCUUCAACAACGUGAGGCAGUGGCUGGAGGAGAUAGACCGGUACGCCUGUGAGAACGUCUCCAGGCUGCUGGUGGGGAACAAGUCUGACCUCGUCAGUAAGAAGGUGGUGGAUGCCGCCACGGCUCAGGACCUGGCGUCCUCGCUGAAGAUCCCCUUCCUGGAGACCAGCGCCAAGAGCUCUGGCAAUGUGGAGAAGGCCUUCCUCACCAUGGCCUCUGAGAUUCACAGUCGCCUGGCCAGUGAGGGGGGAGGCAUGCAGGGGACCCAUGAUUCCAGAGCACAGGGCUCCAAGAUCAACAGCGCCCCCGUGUGGCUAGGAGGGGAUAAACCAACGCAGGAUACCAGGAACUGCUGUUGAGAUGUGGACAGAUAAACCGAAAGGAAUAUUUUGAUAUAUUUGCUCUUUAAGAUAAAAAAUAUUAAUAAAUCUGCAGUGAAUUCAUUUUGUUACUAAUAUUUGAUGAAAACAUAUAUCCUACAAUAAUUGAGCCAAAUAAAAAACUAUGGGUUUUAUUUUUUAAGAUAAUAACAUAAAGAUGUUGAAUUAGUCAUCAGUGACUCGGUCAUCACCAUUUUUUAUCCAGGAUGUAUUUCCUUGCCCGAAGAAUUUUUUUUUGUGUUUUACUUCUUUUGCUGUUAAAAUCAAUAAAAUAAAGUUGAAAUCUGUGAUAUUAAAUCGUUAAAAUGUGGCUGGAUGGUAACUGGAGAAACCCCUCUCUAUCAUUAGGAUCUUAAGAAAAACUGUACAAAAACUGUGGUGUUAUAUGUUAAAGACAGGUAAUAAAGUAUUGUUUUAUUGGAGAAAUGAA